CCAUCACCAGCCGUGACCGGAAGGGGAGGAACCCUGGGCCUUUCCAGGCACCUCGAGCACCUGUGGCGGCGGCGGCGGCGGCAACGAGAUGCAGGCGGCCCUGGAGGUGACUGCGCGCUACUGCGGCCGGGAGCUGGAGCAGUAUGGCCAGUGCGUGGCUUCCAAGCCGCAGUCGUGGCAGCGGGACUGCUACCACCUCAAGAUGAGCAUCGCGCAGUGCACCUCCUCCCACCCUAUCAUCCGUCAGAUCCGUCAGGAUUGCGCUGAGCCUUUUGAAGCCUUUGAGCUGUGUCUCCGCCAGAAUGAAGCUGCUGUGGGCAACUGCUCCGAGCACGUGCGGCGAUUCCUGCUGUGUGCCGAACAGGUGCAGCAGCCUGCCGAGUCAAAAUGAGCCCUUCUUUUUGGGCCAUGGAGUUAUUGCGCAUACGUGAACUUGGGACUUUACCUGGAGAACCGAUGGACAGUGCUUGGCCGAAGAUGGCUGACCGUGGAAAUCAAUGCUGAGCCCCCGCGCCCCAGAAUCCAAAUAAAAGAUUUGUAUCGAG